AUGGCCAACCUUGUCGAAUACCGCCAGUUAGGAAACUCUGGUUUGAGGGUAUCUGUGCCCAUCGUAGGUGCAAUGAGCUAUGGAUCUCCAGAAUGGCUGCCGUGGGUGCUUGAUGAGGAACAAUCACUCCCCAUUUUGAAGGCGGCUUGGGAUCGUGGUAUCAACACAAUUGAUACUGCAAAUGUCUACUCGAAUGGCGAGUCUGAAAAAAUCAUUGCGAAAUUCAUUGAACAGUUCAACAUCCCUCGUAAUCAAAUCAUUAUUCUUACCAAAUGUUACGCUCUCGUUGGCUCCACCCCAGGUCUUCAAACAUUUUUGAAACCCGAACUGAAGAAUCAGCAGGAAUACGUGAAUCAAUCAGGCUUGUCCCGUGCAGCUAUCUUUAAUGCAGUUGAUGCUUCAUUGCGACGCUUGAAGACGCCCUACAUUGAUCUUCUGCAAAUUCACCGCUUCGAUCAAAUGGUUCCGGUGGAGGAGACAAUGAAGGCGUUGCAUGAUUUGGUCCAAAGUGGGAAGGUUAGAUAUAUCGGCGCCAGCUCCAUGAGGUGCUGGCAAUUUGCGCGUAUGAACGAAGUCGCGGAGAAACACGGUUGGACAAAGUUUGUAAGCAUGCAGAAUGAAUAUUCAUUGCUUUACCGAGAAGAGACCUUUACCCAGGAGCGAGAAAUGAAUGCCUACUGCAAAUACAAUGGCAUAGGCUUGAUUCCUUGGGCACCCGUUGCGGCAGGCAGUCUUUGUCGGCCUGUAGAUGCUAACACCACUGACCGCGCUGAAUCUCGCAAAGAUCACCCACCUUCACAACUCUCCGACGUCGAUAAACUUAUCAUUGGACGUGUGGAAGAGCUUGCGAAAAGGAAGGGUUGGACAAUGACCCAGGUCGCCUUGACAUGGGUUAAAAUGAAAGUUUCCAGUCCGAUCGUAGGGAUGUCUAGUGUACAGCGCGUCGAGGAUAACAUUGUAAAUGGAUUAACACUCACUGAAGAAGAUACUAGAUAUCUCGAAGAAUUAUACACACCGAAACCAGUUCGAGGACAUCAGUAA